AUGUCCAGAUUCGGAUGUGUGGCUAUCACAGCUGGGCAACUCAUUGUCAUUCACGCCGUCGCCGGUGUCCAUCGUACUACAACCUCUCUCUUCUCCGUGUAUAUUACUUUCCUUUCUUCUCUCGUAAUGGAUUCCGAAUCAGAUCUUCCUCUUCGUCGUGUUCCAACUCUUGUGUCACUAUGCCAGCGAGCUGCCAUUGGGCAAGGAGUCGAAUCCAUCUUCACUCUAGGGAGCGACUUAACUUAUUCCCUUGUAAAGCCCAUUUUAGAAAAGUGUAAUGCUGAACAACUCUCUCGAUUUGAACAUUUGUCUCCACACCUUCAGAAAGAUACACCAGAGUUAUGGAAAGCACGGUGUUUCUCAGAUUAUCCUUUGCCGGCAGAGAGAUAUAUAGACGAUGAUCCAGAGGAACCAGAAACGUGGAGGUCAAGAUUUUUGGAACUGCGAGAAUCAGAAUCAAAGCGAAUGGACGAGUUAGCAUCUAAGCUUCGUACCCAACGAAUGGAGGCUGAUGAACGCAAGAAAGAGAAGGAAGUCAAAUAUACCGACCGUGUUCCCAGUGCAAAACGCCCAAGAUAUGGAUCAACUCAGCCCAAGACUUUGUUUCAGAAGACUAAAUCCGACGCUUCCAAAGUUCAACGUGCUUAUUAUAACACGCGAGUGAUUCCACCGAUGCCAGCGUCCAAGAAACACCGAGUUCUUCCCCAAAACCCUGGUGCGACUCUGUCACCUGUACCUUCAUCAUCGUCCGGAAGCCGCGUUGUAGUCAACACAGUUAUUCGGCGACCUCUCGUUUCGACUUCAAGUUCCGCUGCUUCAGGCAGCUUGGUAGGGAGGGCGCGAGUCUCUACGCUCAAAGCGCCCUCUUCUCAUCCGUUUCCAUCGGAUGCUCCCAAUUCGCCUUCAAUAUCUGAGAGACCAGAUGCACAUUCUUCGAAUAGUUCCUUGCCACACACGGUGGUCGACCCUCCGCGACCUAUGGCAAAAUUACCAACGCCUAAAAAGGAUCCAAUGGCAUCUCUAUUCGUUCCUAAGCGUAAACCACCACCACAACGUUCUGUGUAG